AUGUUGAAUACUACGGAUUCGGAACUGGCUUACAAUCAUCGUUUACCAUCCUAUCGUCAACUGUUAUUUGCAUUGACAUUAUUUGAUGAGAUAACAUUUUUGUUUACAAACAAUACGCAUGAUGGUUCACAUCCUCAUUAUAGUCGUGCGAUUUUUGCACGUAUGCCAGAAAUUUAUGAAAGAAUGUGUGUGAUUAUGCAACAAAUAGAAUAUGCUGUUCGUUUAUUCAAUGGCUUACAAUUUGAAUGUAAUGUUAUCGAUGAUACAUUUCGAAGCCAUUUAAGUUCGGCAUUUGAUCGGAUCGUUCGACCCUUAAUGGCAAAAUGUGCAUCGUCAAACAGAAAUUGUUUGCCAGUUGAUUUGUUCGUAUUUGAACUUGUUCAAAUAUUAGUACAAAAAAAUCUCUUACCAUCAUCGAUGCAAAUGUUGAAUGAUGAUAUCAAUAUUUUGGAAUGGUCCAGAAUCACAAAGACCGAUGAUCUCAUCAAAUCGUCGAAAGGUGGGGGAAUUAAUUCGUGGAAGCAAGCAAUAACUUUGCAUCAGAAAAUUCUUCUUUGCCGGUUCCAGGCAUUUAUUCGUAUAUCAUUGUCAUUGUCGGCGAAUAAUAGGAUGGCAAUUUGUAAAGGGUUCACAUCAGUCGAAAUUCAAGAAUAUUUGACUCAGUUAUGUGAUGAUGGCCUGCUAAGAAGAGGUCCAUUUAUUGUGAAAGAUCGACAGCGAGAAUCAUGGAUGAAAAUAUUACCGGAUGUGAACAAUGGCGAUGGAAAAGAAAUGUUUGAGCAAAAGCUUUGUGCUCAUGGUAUGAGCCUAGUUGAAUAUCUUGAUGCGUAUGUAAAAGCUACAUUGCCGGAUGGUUUCAAAUACACUGACGAUGGCAAAAAGUGGCUGAAAGCUGCAGUUAGUGAAGGAGAUAAUCGCUAUGCUCGAAUGUUCGCAGCAGCUGUGUGUAUUUUGCCUGUUUUAGGUGAUGAAGCAAAUGGUCAAAUGAUUGUUGGUUUAGAAGAAUCAUGGUUGUUAAACAAAGAAAAUGAAAACGAAGGUUUAAAUGCAAGAAGAAAUGUCAGUGAAAAAGCAUUAUCCUAUUUGCCGUUAAGCUAUAGCAGUAAUGAGAAUAAAGAUGAAAGCGAUUACGGUGAAAAGAAUCAAUCAGAAACGGAGGAAAAUUUGGUUGGUGAGAGAGUUAGUAGAAAUUGUAAUAUGUUUGUUGACGAUGAACCACUAUUAUCAGAUGUUACCCAAGAAAAAGAGUUGUUAGAAACGUCAAUGGAAUUUGAGGACAUGAAAAAUAAAUCAAAUGAUGUUGCAACAUCGUGA